ACCAAGCGACCAGCGAGUAACUUUCGGUUUCCAGCCACAAAUCAGUCGGAAAGUGUACGGACAGACAAGUUGCUGUGAUGUGUUACUGUUCAGGUGUUCAAAGAAUUCAACUAAAAUAGGAUUAAUAUUAUUAAGAAUAUAUUUCAACAAAAAAAAAGAGAAAGCAACGAAGGUGAUAAUCAAAUAUCGAAAUAAUUAAAAUUCUCGAAACCAAAACGAAACGAUUAAAGCAGGUGCAACUGCACUUUAUUUUGUGAAAUUAAAAAAAAAAAUUUUUUUUUUUUGUUAAAAUAGCUGCAUUUGUUGUUGUGUAAUUUCAACUCGUAAAUUCGUCUCUUUAAUCAGCAAAAAAAAAAACGCACAUACACACACACAAAUGUUACUAGAAGCAAUCAUGGAUCCAAAUCCAGAAAGUCAGCAACAACAGCGACAAGUGUCACACCACCAACAACAACCACAACCGGGAACAAGUGCUGCUGAUGCCGACGAUGAAGAUGUACCCGAACCCGCACUAGAACCCGUCGGCAGCGGUAGCGUACUCUUCGAUAGAGUUCAUCGAAUGAUGGAGAAAUUCGCCACCACACGCAUUGGGCAGUAUGUGUUGGAGCGCGGUGAUCGUGUGCUGCGCACAAUCGAAGAUACCGUCAAAUGGAGUUUGCCACAAGAUAAAGCAGCUGGGCCUUUGGUACGUCCUUUGCCGUGGAUACCCUUUCUUGUGCUAAUCAUUUUCCUACGUCAAGUGCGCAUUUGGUUAUCGCUGGUGGCGCUCUUUAUUGGCAAUGGUCCUGUGACGCCGCAUACACUCAUCUACUUUAUACAAACACGUCGUCGCAAGUUGCGUUCCAUACGUAUCAACGGCAUGAAGGCCAUACAACAGGAGGCGGCCGAUCGCAAAGCUUUGAAGCCGGAAUAUGACAAUAAAUUCUUGGUGAAUUUAUGUAAAAUAUUCACCAUUGCUAGAUGUCGCCCGCGUCUCGGUUGUCAACCAGCAGGCAUUGUGUUCUCAGCCGAUAAUCCCGCUAAUCGUGAACUUCUUCGGCCUCUUCAACCGGCACGCUACAAGUUUAAGCGUGAACGUGAAGACGACGACCCCAUUAAGGAGUUUGUCACAGCGAGGUUAAUGGCGAAAUUUCCCGAUGUAACCUCCGAUGACGAUUCUGAUUAUGUGCCAAAGGCACCGGACUCUAACGAUGAUUCGACUUUAUCCGCAAACAAUACUACCAGCGAUACACAGGGUGAAUAUAGUUUGGACACAAGCGGUGAAAAUGUUGACGAGCAAAGCCUCGAAGAGUGCGAAGAAAUGGAUAAAAAUAAAUCUCUUAACAAGAGUGAGAGAACUGAUGGUGAGAAUACGCUAAAUGAUGAAAAUAAGAAGGCAGCUGAGGUGAGGAAAGAAAGCGAAAUACCGGAAAAGAAAAUCUCUGCUGAAUUAAAUGCAGAAACAAAAGAAGAGAAAACUAUACCAACCAUUGAGAUUAGCGGCAGUGAAGAGAAAAAUGAUUCGCCAAGGAAGCCUAAAGAUCAAAAGGACAAGCAGCAGGAGAUAGUUUCGCCGUCUAGUGAUAAAACCAUAACGGCUUCACCGAAAACACCAACAUCACCAGUGGAUAAUGGGCAAAGUAAAAGUGGCAUAAGCGAUGAUGUUAGCGAAGCAGAAGCAUUAAGCGUCAAAUCGCAGACACCAAAAUCUCAGAAAGAACAUAUUUUCAAUAUUUUAAAUGGUCACAAGGAUGAGCAGAAGAAGGCAACACCCGGCCAUGAAAGUGCCGCCGACACUAAGCCACAUAUACCGCCAGCAUUGUUGAGCAGCACCACUAGCAGCAGCAGCGGAAGCGGCAGUGGCAGCGGCAGCGGCAAUGUUCUUGUUAAUGCAAAUCCUAACGAUGAAAAGUUUAUAGAUGCCACUGAUACUGAUUGUUUUGCCAAACAAACAGUUAAAUUAAGCAAUAAAUCAUCAACGAAACCCAAAAAAACAUCACCAUCCCGACAACCGACAACUCCACCGCAAACGCAACCUCAACAACCGCCACAGGCAUCUUCCACGUCACCUUCUUCACCAUCCUGCUCCUCAACAACAUCCUCUUCCUCCUCGUUAGCCUCGUUCACAUCUAGUGAUGAAUGUGUCGUCGCUAGCGCUGAUUAUAGUGAUACGCCCACGCCAACGCCUUCGCUCAAUGCAGCAUCGUCGACUGAGGACGUCUAUCUUAGUCCGAUUGGUUCCCCAGAUUUCAGUACAUUCCACAAGCCGCCAAACAACCAGCAAAAGCCAACUGUAAGCGUCGAAACAGCUAAAGCUUCAUCUGUCCAUGUUGACGUUGAGGAUGAUGAUAAUGAUGAUGAUGAUGAUGAACAUUCGCAACAUGCUAAGCAACAAAGAUCCCAACCGGAGCAACAGCGAGCAGGACAUUAUCCACAGCAGACGCACCCACAUUCUUUUAGGCGUUACCGUCGAAACCGCCGUUGAUCAUCCAUUUAUUUUAAAGCACACAUACAUUUACACAUAUACAAAUAAAUGUAAUAUUUUUAACUUAGUUUAAAAAA